AGACGUCUCAUACAACGCCAUCGAGUCGGUGUCGGGUCAGCUGUUCAGGUCGCAGUACCAUAUGCACGACCUGGUGCUGCGUCACAACCGGGUCCAGGAGCUGCCCGGAGACACGUUCAUCGGCCUCACGCGUCUGCUGAUCCUGGACCUGCGGCACAAUGAGGUGGCCUCGAUCGCUGAGGACGCGUUCGUGCCACUGGUGCGCCUGCAGCGGCUCAACCUCAACAGCAACCGCUUCCCACGCCUGCCGCACCGCGGCUUGGAGCACCUGCUCCACCUGCACUGUAGCAACAUCGCCGAGCUGCGCGAGUUCCCGGAGCCGAAGCAGCUGCCGCAGCUGCACAGCGUCGAGGUGUCGUACGCUUACCAUUGCUGCCAGUUCCGCGGCCUCAAGGCGCCGCGUAACGAGACGCUGAGCCAGGUCCAGGAGCGCGUCAUCUUCCCCAGCGGCGACCAGCUGGACUUCAGCGCCUGGAGCGAGAACUUCACCGACACCUGGCCCGAGUUCCCUAACCUGUCCGACACGCUUGGAGAGCUUGGCAAGACCCUGCUGCGGGACUUCGAAAUGUCGCCGCCGGCUGACGAGAGCGACAGCGGUCACGCCGACUCGGACGAGCCGCUGCUGUUCGUCUCGGGCGGGGGCGGUGACCUCAAAUGUUCACCGGCGCCAUCUCCCUUCAUGCCGUGCGAGGACCUGUUCGACUGGUGGACUCUACGCUGCGGGGUCUGGGUGGUCUUCCUGCUGGCACUCCUCGGCAACGGCACCGUCGUAUUCGUGCUCAUCUUUGCCCGCAGCAAGAUGGACGUGCCGCGCUUCCUGGUCUGCAACCUGGCCGCCGCCGACUUCUUCAUGGGCGUGUACUUGGGGUUCCUGGCCGUGGUGGACGCCUCGACGCUGGGUAAAUUCCGCAAGUACGCCAUCGCCUGGCAGAUGUCGGCCGGCUGUCAGAUGGCCGGCUUUCUCGGCGUGCUCAGCUCCGAGCUGUCCGUCUACACGCUGGCCGUCAUCACCAUGGAGCGCAACUACGCCAUCACGCACGCCAUGCACCUCAACAAGCGGCUCUCCAUCAAGCAUGCCAGCUACAUCAUGGCAUGCGGCUGGACGUUCGCGCUGGUGAUGGCGCUGCUGCCGCUGGUGGGUGUCUCCGACUACCGCCGCUUCGCCGUCUGCCUGCCCUUCCAGACGGCCGGCGCCGGCACCGGCUACGUCGUCUUCCUCAUGUUCGUCAACGGGCUGGCCUUCACCAUCCUGAUGGGCUGCUACUGGAAGAUGUACUGUGCGAUCCGCGGCAGCCAGGCCUGGAACUCCAACGACUCGCGCAUUGCUAAGAGGAUGGCUCUGCUGGUGUUCACCGACUUCCUGUGCUGGGCGCCGAUCGCCUUCUUCGCCGUCACGGCCGCGUUCGGCGUGCGCCUCAUCGGCUUGUCGGGUGCCAAGGUCUUCACCGUCUUCAUCCUGCCGUUCAACUCGUGCUGCAACCCGUUCCUCUACGCCAUCAUGACGAAGCAAUUCAAGAAGGACUGCGUCAUGAUCUGCAAGGCGAUCGAGGAGUCGCGCGUCACGCGCGGCAUCGGCCGCUGCCGGCACAGCAGCAACUUCAGCAACCGACACACGCCGGCCAACACCAACAGCCUGGCCGACCGCGCCUCCAAGGAGAGCAAGGAGAGCGCCCAGUGCAGCUGCAGCCAGCGCCUGCUCUGCGACACAGCCAAGGCGCCGCCGCCCAGCCGCUGGGCCACAUUCCGCGCGCUCUGGUGUCCCACUCCGGCCAAGGAGCAAAUGGACUCGAGCAACGACUACGCCUACCAGAUAGCCGAGAUCCAGAAGAACCAGGAAAAGAACAAGCGGAACGCCAGCCUGUCGAGCGAUAACUUCAGCUCGUCCCGCUCCGACUCCCUGCGCCAGCAGAACGGCGCGCACAGCCACCCGCCCAGCCGCCGGCGCAAUUCGUGGACGGUGACGCGCAAGCCGUCGCAGGACUCCAACCUGAGCAGCUCGCGCAACGACUCGUCGGCCACGGCCGGCUCCAAUACGACGCAGUCGUGGCGGCUGAGCCGCUCCAGCGUGUCGAGCGACAUGAGCAGUUCGGCGCUGCUGCGCGGCCAGGGCAGCCUGCACAAGCCGGCGCUGGCCGAGGCGAACUCCGGCAUCGUGCUGGCGCACCCGCUCCCGCACCCGCUGCUCAAGCAGGCGUCCAGCGGCAUCCUGAAGCCGAAGCCGAAGCUGACGCGGCAGAUCGCCUUCUCGGACGAAGCAGCGCAGGCGGCGGCGGCGGCCGGCGCCGGCACGCUCACGCCCGGGCGCCACCACGAGAGCGGGUGCCCGCUACACUGCGCCGACCCGCCGCCGCCGCAGCGCCACACGCGCUUCCACAACGUCUACAGCAAGCUCACCGAGUCUAGUCAGGAGGAGUCGUCGGGCGUGGAUGAUGGCAUGGCGCAGGACGACAGCGAGGGCGGCGCGGGCUGCCUCACCGGCGAUGAGGGCUUCGACGACAUUGACGACUUCGACGAGGAGGAGGGGCGCGUCGGACUUCAGCGACUCCGGCUGGCUCGGGUCUGA